ACUUGCUUUAGUUCUUCCAGUCCGAUGGGGUUUAUUCGAGUGCUUGUGAUCAUAGUGUGUUCACAGAUGGCCCGCCGGACAAGUUUUCAAUGAAUAUUCUGGGUCUUUACAGUCAAAUGCCUAAAUUUACGGCAAUUAUGGAUAUAAUUCGUUUGUUGUGGAUAAUACGGCUUGUGUGGGCUGUUGAAGAUGUGUUGAUGGACUCCACGACGGCGACUGCAGAGCUGGGCUGGACGAUAUAUCCAUCAUUGGGGUGGGAGGAAGUGAGUGGAUACGACGAGAACAUGAACACCAUACGCACCUACCAAGUAUGCAACGUCUUCGAUGCCAACCAGAACAACUGGGUACGCACCAAAUACAUCCGGCGGCGAGGAGCCCAGCGGAUCCAUGUGGAGAUGAAGUUCUCCGUUCGAGACUGCAGCAGCAUCCCGAAAGUUCCCGGCUCUUGCAAGGAGACGUUUAAUCUGUACUAUUUUGAAUCAGACUCUGAUACAGCCACUAAGGUGUAUCCCGCCUGGAUGGAGAACCCUUGGGUCAAGGUGGACACCAUUGCGGCCGAUGAGAGUUUCUCCCAGGUGGAUUUGGGAGGUCGUGUGAUGAAGAUCAACACGGAGGUGCGGAGCUUUGGGCCGGUGUCCCGUAGUGGCUUCUACUUGGCCUUUCAGGAUUACGGAGCAUGCAUGUCUCUCAUCGCAGUUAAGGUUUUCUAUCGUAAAUGCCCCAGAAUUAUUAGGAAUGGGGCCAUCUUUCAGGAGACCUUGUCAGGGGCGGAAAGCACCUCUCUGGUGUCCGCCCGGGGCACUUGUGUACCUAAUGGAGAAGAAGUGGAUGUACCCAUUAAACUUUAUUGCAAUGGAGAUGGGGAGUGGCUGGUACCUAUCGGGCGGUGUGUGUGUAAGGCCGGACAUGAGUCUGUGGAUAAUGGGACUAUGUGUAAAGGUGAAGUAAAUCAAUACAUGACUUAG